AAAAAAAAUGAAAACGGGCGUGUUUCACUGUAAAUGUGCAAAAUGUUUUUCACUACCUACAAAACGGAAGAUUAAGAAACACCCACCUGUCUUCACAUUGCUCGGUCUUCCAGAUGAUGUUCUGCUUUAUGUACUGGAAUGCCUUCCCGCUGAGGAUAUUCUCAACUUCAGAGCUGUCCACUCUCAUUUCCGAUCGCUUGUAGAUAAUCAUGCUAGUGUUUGGGCACAUGCAAACUUUCAUGAAGUCUGGCCAUCUCCAAUAAAUCUUUGGCUCUUUGAAAGGGCUGCUGAGAGUGGGAAUUUUGAAGCUGCAGUCAAAUUAGGGAUAGCCUACCUCUAUAACGAAGGACUUGCUGUUUCAGAUGAAGGUCGUGCUGAAAUAAAUGGACUAAAGGCAUCUCAUUUCUUUAGUCUGGCAGAAAGCUUGAAUGUCAGUGCUACCCCCUUUGUGUGGUUAUUCAUUAGACCACCCUGGUCACUCACUGGCAGCUGCUGUAAAGCAGUUGUCUAUGAAAGUUUAAAAAGCGAAUGCCAGUCACAAUCUGCUAAGAAGGCAUCACUAACCCACUGCUUGGCCAAAGUUCUCAGUUUGUUUGAGGAUGAGGAGAAACUGAAGGAGGCUGUAUUAUUGUUUGAGGAAUCUUCAAAUCAUGGAUGCCUGACAAGUUCGUACCACUUGUGGGAGACAAACCAGAAGGGAGCUAUGACUGACCCUGGCAGGUACCUUCAAAGCCUUAGAAAACUCAGGGAUUAUGCAAUAAAAGGAUGCUGGGAAGCACAGCUGUCAUUAGCGAAAGCCUGUGGAAAUGGCAAUUUGUUAGAUGUAAUGCCUGAAGCCUCUAAAGAGCCCAUGGCCCAGAUCUUCCAAUCUUCCCAUCCCUUCUACAAACAAAAUAUGUUCAAAAUGCAAAAGAACAUGAAUGACACAAUGAGGUACAUUCUGGUUGACUGGUUAGUGGAGGUGACCAGUAUGAAAGAUUUUUCCAGCCUAUGCCUGCAUGUGACUGUGGCAUGUGUCGAUCGAUACUUGAUGUUACGCUGCGUACCUAGGGCUCGCCUUCAGCUGCUGGGGAUAGCCUGUAUGGUGAUCUCUACAAGGUUUAUUAGUAAAGAGAUUCUAACCAUUCGUGAAGCCGUCUGGCUCACAGACAACACGUACAAAUAUGAAGAUCUGGUGCGAAUGAUGGGAGAGAUCAUUUCAGCACUCGAAGGGAAAAUCAGAACUCCUACUGUUCUAGACUACGCAGGGGUGCUGCUGACAGUAGCUCCAUUAGAAAGACGCACAGCGCAUCUCUUUAACUACAUCUGUGAGCUCUCACUGCUAUAUACAGAUCUCUCUGUUUACUCUCCUGCAAUGACGGCUGCAGCUGGCUUACUGUUAGCACGAAUACUUCUCAGACAAGCCCUUCCUUGGUCAAGCCAGCUAAUGGAAUCUACUGGAUUCACAUUGGAUGACUUGACUCCCUGUGUCAUAAACCUCCAUAAGAAAUGCUUCCAUAAUGAAGUGCCCAGAGAUUAUAGACAUGUAUCUUUGACAGCUGUGAAGCAGCGAUUUGAGGAUGAACGCCACCAGCAAAUCAGUAAGGAGAAGGUAAUGGAGCAUGGUGAUCUUUGCAGUCUGCUAGGAGUGAAAGAGGAUGAAGAUGCUUCUUCUUAUUUUUCGCACACCAAUCCUGAUAUCCAGACUUUUCUAACCUCUCCAUCAGGCAACAAAACAAAAAGACGAAGGGAGGACAGCUUGCGUGAAGACCGGGGCAACUUUGUGGCAACUCCUAUUGUUGAAUUAUCUAACCAGGAGGAUACUCUUCUAGGGGAUUACUUAGACUGGAGUUUAGACUUGUCCUGCGCUGGCUAUGAGGGAGACCAAGAAAGUGAGGGAGAGAAGAAUGUUGAUGUUUGUGUUCUCAGUGAAAUGAAGGAUUCAGUGGCUGUAGGUGGAAAUUUGGAGCAUUGUUGCGAGGACACAAGUGAAGAGAGUGAUGAAGAUGGAUUGAGGCAGAAUAGAUUCCUGCGAGGGUCUCGCAAGUUUUCUAAUGUUAAAUGUGAAGCCUAUUGCAGUGCAAGGGAAUUUGUUGCAUCAUCUACUUUUAGAGAACCUCCAGAGGAGUUGAGUUCUGGAUACUCUUCUGUGAGUAGCAAUAGCUCUUCAUCAACAAGUGAGGUGAACACUAGACAACCACUACCAUCUACCUCAGGGCUUUCUCCCACGAUUGACUUUAUCAAACCAAUGCCUUCAUCUUACAGCACAGAAGACUUGCAUUUGGCUGAUGAACUGCCUUCAGUCAGAAGGGAAUAUAGAACCUUACCUUCUCGAAGGAAGCCAAUAAAACGUAAGAAUGGAGCAGAGCAUGAUAAAGAGGAGUGGAAUUUAGGGUUUUUAAGUCUUUGAAAAGUUAAAUCAAUAGUUCUUUACAGUAAAAGGUUAUCUGAUUGGAAUGCAAUUUAUAUAGUUGGUAAAGCAAUAUAAGAUCUGUAUGACUUUGGAAGAUGAAGAGAUGAAAGGGAAGUAUACUAGUGAAUUGUUCAAAUGCUAACUUUAUAUGCAGGGAAAUAGCUGUGUGCCUUGGACUUGCCUUAAUGCUGUAUUUUGGUUUUAAAUGGCUGUAAUUCUCUUGCUCCUCCCCCCACCCCAAAAACCAUGAGACAUGACCCGGCCAAAUAACAAAUUGAUGGCACUUUCUUGUUCAUAAUGUCUGGAACAGAAGUUUUGUCACAUCAGGGAAAGCAUUACAGUGGCUAUUUCCAGACGACCAUUGCCUAGUUUCAGCAAAAUCAAAUAAAAUAUAAUGGACUGAAACACAUAAAAUUGGAUAUUGAGUGACAAUUCAGUAGAAUGCAUUUCUCUUUCAAAGGACCAAGAAUAAGAUUGGUAGUUGAAGACUGCCUAUGAGCGCAAUGCACUGAACAGAUCAAUAAUCUAACACAUUUUGUGUGUGUGCAUAAAGUGUGCUUAAUUUUGAGGUGUAAUCACACAAUGUAUUCAUUGGACAGUAUACUUUUUAAAAUUGACGUGUACUUCCAUUAUUUUCAAUUGGAAAUAUAAAUUGGCUGCUUUUCUGUUUCCAUAAAUGCAGUUGAAUUCUGCAGCACUGACCAAAGUCUUUUGUGUUGUCUCUCUUGUCAAUGCUCCUUUUCCUGUGUUCAAGGCACUGGAAUUACACCAUAGCACUUUUUCAGAGCCACUGCUUUUAAAACGGACAAUAUUAAGGAGACUUCUUGUUACCGCUUAGCUUUUCAACACUAAGAUAACCAAAAGGUUCGGUAUUGGCUUUAUAUCUGAUAUCAACCUAUAUUUAUAGCUGUUUCUGAUAAAAAAAACCACUUGAUUUUUGAAUUUACAACCGAUGUUUUCAAACUGGAUCAAAUAUAUUUCUCCACAGUAUUGAGACUAGUAACAGUAAUGAUACAGACAAAUAGAUCAGUAUGUUGUAUGGUGUAUUUUGUUUUGAAUUGUAGUUUUUUUUAUAUCUCUAGCCUUUUCAAUGUGAGAAUUAUAGACUUCCAUUUUGACUGGAUCCAUCUUCAGGUUAAAUCCGUACAGUCACUUGCUGGAAAAUCUACUAAAUCUGUACAGCCUGUUUGAACGGAUGUUAAAGGAUUUAUAUAUAUAUGUGUGUGUGUGACGAUGCAAGAAAUUAAGAACGAUCACUGCUAAAAUUAGAAUAUAAAGCCAAGCUGUGAAGUUGAAACUAAGUGCAAACUAAUGUGGCAGCAAAUAAUACUUCAGGGAACAAUUGGGGAGGUGAAAAAAAUGGUGACCGAGAUAGCAAAAUUCCAAAUUAAGAUUUGAUGAUGGCCAUUUGGCCCCGAAAAAAAAGCAGGUGCUUAAAUGAAACGUAAAUGUUUUUAAACAUGCAAUAUUGUGAUUACAUUAAUGACUAAAUGUAUUUCUGUUGGGAGUGAAUUAUAAUUUCACAGUUUACAUUUUCAUUGUAAGUGAAAUUCAGCUGUAUAACUUGUAAAAUAUGAACUCUUCCUGAUCUAGAAACAAUAUUUUAAACUAUGGAUUUCAAAAAUGUAUAGGACACUCAGGAGUUUACACUUGUUCGGUAGGGAGAAUAUAUAAUCAUCAUGCUUGUAUCACUUUGUAAAAUUCUAAACCAUUGGGUGUAGAUUUCAUUUUGUAUUAGUUUUCAAAUCUGUUUCAACUAUGAACCACCUCAGAUUUAAUAUCUUCUAAAUGCCCAUUUGUCUCCAAAUUUUCAAAGUUUAUUUUAAAUGUUACACCAUUUAUUAUACCAGGUGCUGCCAACAGUAUUACUCAAUUCUCCAGGGAAAAAAAUGAUUGAAACAAUUUUGAAUUGCCAAAACUUGUAAAAGAAUUAAGAUAUUGCUUGGGAAAAGUAUUCUAAGGUACUGUAUUUCAAAAUGCAAAACGUUACUUGAAAUCGCUAAACUAAGUACAACCACAGUUGCCUUUUCUGAAAAUUUCAUCAUGACUGCCUUUGUAGUAUAUGAAUAAAUGUUUGAUA